AUGUGUUUUUGUGUGGUUUAUUUGCACUUCUUCUGUGGUUUUAAUGUGGUUCAUUCGUGAAACAUCAGCAAAAAUUUCAUGCAAAGACCACAACUUUUUUCCCAUUUUCAGGUAUAACCAAUUUUCAUCCGUGCAAUCGGUGCAUAGAGACAUAGUGGCAUGACCUUCAGAGGGAGUGAAGAGCUGAGGAAAUGUCAGAGUGGGAAGCAGAACAAACCCGAAUCUCCUGCUGCUAUAGAUAGCUCAGACUUAAGUUAAGUGACGUAGACGAUGAAUGACUUUCAUCAGCUUUCCAAAAUGCAUGAAAGCAUGGAGAAUGUGAUGAGGGGGGCUUUGACACAGAGAGCAGUCUUGUUCUAUAAUUACACUGGUGUGACGUUCUGCAAGCAUCCAUGUGGCUCUUUCUACAAGAGUCAUAGUUGUGGGAAAAAGGGGGCAAGGAGGAAAGUUUUUUGUUUUUUUUUAUAGGGGGGGGGGGCUGAAGUUAUGGGAUGUCAUCACAGCUGGACUCCAUUCUGACCCCAACCUCAGCUAGUGAGUAGACAACGCGGAGGCUUAAAACCUGGAAUUCAACGCUCUGCUGGUAAUUUUGUUGCAGAGCAAUUCUGUACAUUAAUAAUUUAAAGUUGUAAUAAUGUAAUUCGGUUUAACAAUGAAUGGACCCUUUAAGCUGUCACAAAUGGACCUCAAGGGCACAAAGCGACUGAACGCAGCAUGGAAAUCCAGAGUGCAUAUCUUCAUGCAGAGUCCAUUACAGUGGAAGAAAAUCAGCUGGCAAAAAACAAAUGAAACAACCCUACUGGGAAAAUCUCUGGAGACCCUCCUUUCUAAGAAAAGUGGCCAAAAAGCAUUUCGGGAAUUUCUGAAGUCAGAGUUUUGUGAAGAAAACCUGGACUUUUUGCUUGCCUGCCAAAACUUUCAAACUCUCCAGCGUCCAGAAGAACGGAAGAAGAAAGCAGCAAAGAUUUAUGAAGAGUUCAUCAGGGAUGACUCCCCUAAACAAGUAAACCUAGAUUUCAACACGACAAAAGUCAUCUGCCAGAGUUUGCAGCAGCCAGGUCCAUCGUGCUUUGUCGUGGCACAGAAGAAAAUCUUCAGCCUGAUGGAGAACGACUCUUUCUCGCGCUUUUUGCAGUCCGAGCACUACAAAGUUCUCACUGGUGCGGCCUCUAAACCACGCGGUCUUCGGAAACACCGCGCAGCCAUGAGGAUAAAGUCUGCAGGGGAUGAGCUGGAAGUGAAAAGGCUGCAGGAUGGCCUUCUGCUCUGGCAUGAGCACUGACUUUAGUUGAGCUGAUACGUAUAUGCAAAAUGUCACACAGGCAGAUGUGGUGCUGUGACAUUCAUGUAGGUACCUCCACAUUUGCAGCACCAUAACUCGGCCCAGCAAGUUAACAACUGGAAAUGACUAAAAGCAAAAAACAAAAAAAUUCCAGUGAUAACACACAUUUAAGCAGAAUUGUUUUUGAAUGAAAUACUAUUUAUGAAAAUAUAUUUUUUAUAUAUAUCUGUUUUUUGUUUAGUUGCUGGGAUGAAACUCAUUUUUGUGACCUGACAGUUGAUUUGAUUAAGUGUGCUAUCUAGUGGUGUCUUGGGGGAAGUACAAGCAAAAUGAAAUCAUGACCAAUUGCUUUUGUGUGUAGAUCAUUGUAGAUCAGUGCUGCAGAAUCAGAGAGUAUUAACACAAUGUUCCAUUGAUAAAAUAAAAGUUUUAUUUUAAGUAUAAUUUGGUUUAUAAUUUAGUCCCCCCCACCUGUUGUUUUCUUUAAUCACGUUGUCACUUUUCCAAGUGAUAUCAGACCAUAAAGGGCACAAGUGGACAACUCCAUUAUGUAUCUGGUUGGUUUUCAAGAUUGGGUAUGGUAGUUACAUGAUGACCAGAGAAACCUCCCUAAAUGAUUGAUCAGAAAACAUACAAGUGAGUUUUAUCGUUCUGUUUUUCAGGUCAUUCCUCAUCAAUUUGUUGCAUGUUUAAAGGAUCAGUGUGGUACCAUUUGGGCAAAAUAUGGCCACAAGGAGAAAAUAAAUAAAAAGAAUGCA